AUGGCAACAGAAGAGAGAGUCAAAUUGCUAGUCGCUGCUCGAAAGGGCAUAUAUGAGGAUGUGGUUUCCUUGUCUAAAUUGCAGAUUCCCUUGGGCGAUUAUGUUCAACCUCCCCAUAAUAGGACGGCUCUUUGGUAUUCUUGUAGAAAUGGGAGUUUAAAAAUGGCUAGAUUAAUUUUAAAAAAAGGAAGUAACAUAAAUCAUAAAGAUUCCAAAGGAAUGUCGCCACUUCAUAUAUGCGUUAAAUAUGGACAUAUAAAUAUAGCUAAAUUUCUUAUUGAAAAUAAAGCUGACAUAGAUAUAAAAGACAAUGAAGGACAAACUCCCAUAUUCUAUGCUAUAAUAUACAAACAUUAUGAUAUCGUUAAAUUAUUGAUAGAAAAUGGAGCUGAUGUCCAAAUAAAAGAUAAUAAUAAGGCAAGCGUUUAUGAUUAUGCAGAUUUUAAUGGAAAGACACAAUUAUCUACAUAUAUAUUAUACAAAAGUAACGAAAUUAUUGUAGAAAAAUAA